ACACAGACUCCAUAGUCUUCAUCUCUACAUCCUUAAUUGAUUACAUAUCAAAUCAAUUCAAAGCAAAGCAAAUAUUGUUCCAUAAAAGAAAGAAAAAAUUGUGUCAAUAAUUAUUUAACAGUCAUACCUAUUCAUUUUAAUCAAUUUUAUAACAAUUUCACUCAAAAAUCCACUCAAUUCUGGUUCCACUCAAAACAAAAAAAACAACUCAAAUGGAAAAUCGUGUAUCUUUUAACACAAAUACUAUCAGAUAUAAAAAUUUGGUGAGAAAAUUAUAACAAAAAAAUACCUAAACUCACCUCGAAAAUACUAAUACAAACAAAAAAAAAUAUCCAAAGAAAAACCUAUCUCACGCUGAGUUGGGAAAACAUCGACAACAACGCUGGUUCGCGUGGCUUUUUCAUACUCUUUCAUUCUCUCUUUUUCUCUCAUCUGCUCGCAAACACUCCAAAAAAGAGAAAUCCACAAAAGAAGAGAUAAGAAAAAAGAAUUUCAAAUAAAGAAAAACGCCGCCGAUCCUCACCUCACACCAAAAUACAACAAAAAAAUAUACCCACCGGAGAUUCAAUAAGUUCAUUUUAUACCUACACUAUAGCCGUUCGUUUGUGUUUUUAUUUAUAAAUAAAUAAUUUUUUUGCGGUCUCACAAUAUAUAUUUCUUGAGGGAAAUUGUUUCAAUAACGAACAGUUGUGAAUACAACGCUCACGAGUGAAGAUCUGUUUCGCGGAUUCUUACAAAACAAGAAUUACAAAAAAAAAAAAAAAUAUAAAACAACAAAAGAUCGGCUUUAAAAGAAAAAAGAUACACACACUCUUUUGCGGAAGAUACAAUUAUAAAACAAAAUUUUUCGGACUAAACAAACUAAUGAAAAAAGAUCUUUAACUCAAACGGAUUAAUCGUAAAUAAUAUUUAAAUUGAAGAUCGUCUAGUGAAUUAAGAUACAAAAAAGUAUCUACAAGACGUUGUCCUAAAUAAAAAAAAUCUCGGUUCGAGUGUAACAGAAAUCACGAACAACUCAUAACUUAACCAAUGAACAGAGUUGAGUUUUUUUUUUUUUCUUCUUACAAAUAAGGCGAAUAAGCGUGAUUGUUAACAAAAAGAAAGAAAAAAUCACGGUCUAUAUCUAAAAAUUAAAGAAGAUACAAAAAUCGAAAACCAAAACUAACCAAACCAGUGCCAAUAUUUAACCAAAAUAAGAAAAGUGAUCUUGAGUAUAAAUUUUUGUGCAAAAUAUACCUAUCUAAAAAAAAAAAUGUCCACAAGUUGGUUUCGCAAAAACAAACAACUAAUGCGAAUAAAUAUAUUUAAAAAAGUAUCUUUGAAUGUUAUAUCUGAGAAAUAGAUACUAAAUUGAACAGAAACUUGAUCAGUUUUGUCGGGAGAUCAAGAUCGUGCAAAAUAUAAAAAAGAAGUGAAAUAAAAAACCCGGAAAUCAAAAUCCAAAAAAACACGAAAAAAAAGAGAAAUCCAAAAAAAAAAAAACAAUAUUUAGUAGCCAUAUAGCCAAUCCAAAACAUUAAAAAGUAGUAUUAUUAUGUACAAAUAUGGCAAUAGACUUUUUAAUUUUUGGUUUACUCUUAAUAUCAUUCACAAUCAAUCUGCUAGCAUUAGGUGCAUUCUGGGUGACACCAGGGUUACGAACAACGGCUAAUCGCUUUGUUAUUAAUUUAUUAAUUAUUAAUUUAAUCGGUUGUUGUAUAUUAGCACCAACAUUAUUUUUGAGUGGCAAUAUGUCAGCCACCACAGUGCAAACUUUAGAUGAAAGUUCAGACAUCAUCACAAAAGGCAAUGCUGCCGAUUAUCAUCGAUUGACCAUACAUAGGAAUCAGAUGAUUGAGGAGGAGGGGAAGCAGAUGGCGGAAUCAGAGUCAAUUGUUGAUGAAGUGAUUCGUAACGGAAGCGAACAUUCGGAAAUAGUGUUCAAGUGCAAUUCGACAUAUUGCGAGCAGCUGACAAUUGACGAGGAAGGAUUGAAGAAAAUUGUGAUAACCCAAGUCGAUGGGAUGAAGUACAAUAAUGUGAUAGUAGAUCCUAGUGUUCGAACUAGAGAUAAGCCUAAAAUAGUGGAGUCUACAUCAAUGAUGAGGUGUUGGUCGAUUGACCUGGCAGCGGCAUUGGGGGCAUUAUCGGUGCUUCUGGUGGUCGGUGAUACAUGGAUGGCUGUGACAGAUCCUCUGCGUUAUCAUAGUCGGAUAUCGGGAGUGAAGGCGUGGGUAUUGAUCGCAAUGACAUGGGCCUUGGGGAUUCUCUUUGGGGUGAUGUCAGCUUUUCGAGAGAUCAAUUUCGAAUACACCACAGUGAUUGGAAAGCAGAAAAGAUACGCGUUACCUGAGCAAAUAGAAGUGUUUAGCAUGACAUCGAGCACGAUAUUUAGUAUGAUCUUUGCAAGCAUUUACUUUAUUGUGAUAAUUUUGCUGCCAUUUGGCUUUGUUUGUGGAAUGUAUUGGAGAAUAUUCUCAGAAGCUAAAGAAAAUGGACUGAGAAUGCGUCAGAAUGGAUCAUCUCCACUGCUUCAAAGUGCAAUUAAUCUAUCCCAUAGUCAUAAUCAGGGAAAUACGCAUUUGAUUGUGCAGAGAAAUUCAAUAUCCGGAGCAUCGACUAACGGUGGUGGUGGUUUGCAAAUGCAAAUCGAUCAUAAGAGAAACCGCAGAGAGUCUACAGUAACGAUCGCAGAAACUGAGAAGCCAUUUAGACGUACUUCAUCAACACCACCCCCACCACCUCUGGCUCCUCUUUCAGAGCCCGAGGAAACCUCAACUGGAGAAAGAAAUCCGAAUAGUAUCUUAUUGACUUUAUCAAGUGCCAGUGGAGAAAUUAAAAGGAACUAUUCAGUGAGACAACUUCCGCUUCUUGGGCGAUCUUCACAGGAUCUUUUAGCCACCGAACGCCUCCAUGCCAUUCGUCAGAUUCACUCAACUCCGAAUCUUCAAAAGUACAACCAGGGUCAUCGAAACUCCUUGACCAGCUUCGAUACAACAUCCCGCCUUCGUUAUAUGCCUCAUCAAGCUCUUCAAAUCCCAACCAUUCAUGCCUCACCGAAGGCUCUCAGCUACAUGACAUCUAUUCGACACCGGCUCUCAAAUGCUUCGUCACUGUUUAAGUAUCGCGAAGAGUCGCGUGCCGCUCGCAUCAGUAUUCUAGUCGUUAUAAUGUUUCUUGUAUCAUACCUGCCCUAUGGCCUUUUAGUAUUACUACAAGGACGUGUGAUCGAGAAUUUCCCGCAUUCAACCCAGUUAGCAGUGUUCAUGAUUCUUCUAGCGAAUCUCACCUCACCGUUUAUCUUCGCUUAUAGGAAUAAGCGCGUUCGCCGUGGCGUCAUUCGCCUCUUCGGCUUGGAUGCCCGUUCCAGAGAGCGUCGCUUACAGCGCAAUGGUGGCUUCCUGCGUUACGGCACCAAAGCCAGUAUUAGUGUUAAACGUAGCAGUAGCAAAGUAUCUUCAUAUUCAAUGAACUCUUGUAAAUAUCUAACACCAAUACUUAGGCAUACAAAUAAUAGUUUAAAAAAUAGUAAUAAUAGUGAAAAUAAUAAUAAAAAUAAAGCAGAUACAUUCCUAACGAAUGCGGCAGCUGUGAAUUCAUCUUUAAUUCAGAAGAGUACAAUUUUGGAAAAUAUCGCUGUGGAUACGACAAUUCACAUUCAGCCCGAUGAUGCCCAUGAGAAGUUUUCUAUUUUCAAAAUGUUCUGUCAGAGUUCUCGUAAUUUAAGUUGUGCUACGCAAUCUUGUACUGCAGAACCAACAGAGGUUUAAUUUAAAAAAAAAAAAACUAACGAAA